AAAUAGAAUCCUUGGAGUAGUAAUGGGGACGGGAGGGCGUAGGGGAACGCGGUCCAGGAAAGGCAUGGAAGGCGCGGUAACUGCUUCGUCCUCUUGCCUGUAUCGCUGUAUCGAGUGCAACAGGGAGGCCCAGGAGCUGUACCGGGAUUACCGCCACGGCGUGCUCAAGAUAACCAUCUGCAAAUCCUGCCAGAAACCAGUAGACAAAUAUAUUGAAUAUGACCCUGUUAUUAUCUUGAUUAAUGCCAUUUUGUGCAAAACUCAGGCCUAUAGACAUAUUCUUUUCAACACUAAAAUAAAUAUCCAUGGGAAACUCUGCAUGUUCUGUUUGCUUUGUGAAGCAUACCUGAGGUGGUGGCAGCUGCAGGACUCAAGCCAAAGCCCAGCCCCCGAUGACGUGAUCCGGUACGCCAAGGAGUGGGACUUCUACAGGAUGUUCGUGAUCGCUUCUUUCGAACAAGCUGCCUUUUUUACUGGCAUGUUUGCUUUCCUGUGGGUACAGCAACCCACGACAGCAAAAAGAGCACCCGACUUUGUUUUACUGCUGAAAGCGCUGUUGCUGUCCAGCUACGGGAAGCUGCUGCUCAUCCCGGCCGUCAUCUGGGAGCAUGACUACACACCUCUGUGUCUCAGGCUCAUUAAGGUGUUUGUCCUGACAUCGAAUUUCCAGGCAGUCAGAGUGACCCUGAACACCAGCCGGAGGGUCUCCCUGUUGGCUGUGCUGAGCGGCUUCCUGCUGGAGAGCAUCAUGGUCUUCUUCUUCCAGAGGAUGGAGUGGGACGUGGGCAGUGACUGUGCAGUCUACAAGCCUCAGGACUUCUGAAGCUUUACUCCUCACUCUCUGUGGCGGGACCAGCUACCUCAAAAGAGAACAAGAAGAACCCAGGGUCUCUGCUUUCUGUGAGCAAAGCCAAGACCGAGGAUUUCUGAAUGUACCCAGACACCCCCAGGAAGAUCUGAACCACCUAUACGCAAGGCUGAGUGCACCCGGCAGGCACCGCGGUUCCACAGUAAGAAAGGCCUCAGCUCCGUCCCUUUAUGUCCUUUAAGUCUAGAUAUUACUUCUCUAGCUGUCUUUAAACCUGUGUUUUGUGUUUUUCUGACAGAAGCACUUUUAAGUUGUCUUUCAGAAUAAAUCAAACUUUUUUAUACA